AUGACAGUCCGUCCUGAGAACCUUCGGCCGGACAACACGUGGCGUGUCGAGCCACGCAUCCCGACCCUCACAGCCGGUCAACUCAUUGGACCGCGGAGUGUGCUCCGAACUAUGAAAGUGAGACCAAAUGGGUCUCUUUUACAACCUCAUCGAUACCCCCAUCGCUGCAUAUCACCAUGGAGGCAGCGACAGCGUCAUGUUCAGUCAUCUGGAUAUCAUACUCCUCUCAGUAAACAUAAUCGACAUCGACGCUCAAUCGGAGGCAGCCCAUGGCAUUGUGAAGUUGUCUCAUCAAGGAAACAAAAAUUAAGUCAACUGUCUCCAGCAGGUGACCAUUCUGCUCGAAAAUUGGGGUUCCAGGUCAUGGCAUCUCUGGACAGGCUUGAAGGUGCCCGGAAGCCCAUUCUGGUGUCUGAAUUUUCAGAAAAUGUAAGAGAUCCACAGGUGACAUCUUCUGUGAAUGGGGAGGCCAGUGGUUAUGAAAAAAAAUCUUUGAAAGAAAAGAACCUAAGAGGAUGGAGGCAGGGAGAAGGGAAUGUAGGUGGAGAUGGAGAUGAUGUUAUUGUAGUAGAGGAGAAAUGCCAUAUCCAGAGCAACAACCAUAGCAAAGGGAAACAACAGGUCCCAGAACCCUCAACUUCGAAGCAAAGGAGCACUGACAUUGAAGUCAUUGACCUUGAUGAUGAAGUGGUUAAUCUUGCCCAAAUUCCUCCAGAUCAUCCUCAUGCAGCAUCAUCGUCUGACACUUACAUAAUUGAACUUUCCUCUGAUGAAGAGGAUUUAUCUUCUUCUGAUGUCAUUCCAUGCAGUCAAAGAUUCCCUGUUGGACAUGAGGUAUUGGCUCAGGAAUAUCAUCCCUCUUUCUCAUCAGCUGAUAUACAAUAUUACAUCAACAAGCCCUCUCAAGGGGAAUGCAUUAUUGCCCUUGUUCACCCAGUAGCUUUCUAUUUGAAGGGGUGUGUGGAACUACGGGUCAUCUCAGGGCGAAUCAAGAUAAUGGGUUAUGAAAUCACAGUGAGGGAUGGAUUUCUGCCUUUGGUCUCUAGUGCUGUUUGUGCUGUGUUGUCUUUGAACACCCUACCCCCUGAUGGUCCUUGCCCAAAAGAUGUAACAAAUGCCCUUUUGGCUUAUGGGGUGCGAGUGAGAUACCCACGGGAUGAAGUGUUCGUCAUAGUAAGGCCAUUGAAAUCACCAGUGCUUUGUACCCUCAAGCACUACUACCCUGGAGUAUUUUCCCCUCCUCCAAUUCGUCAGGACAUCCCACCCAACUUGCAGAACCUGAUUCGUAACCUCCAAGAAAAAGUUGGACUUCGCAUUCUAGAUCCAAAUGAUCCAAUCAAUGGAGUUCUCCCACUUCUUCACAUUCCCUCGGAGUGGGAGGAUGCUGUGAAUCAAAUUGUGCAGAAGAAGCAUGUAACAGAAUGGCCUCCUCGAGUUGUCAUUUGUGGGGACCAGAACACAGGAAAGUCUACUCUGGCACGUUACCUGGUGAAUCGGCUCUUGUCAUCUCGGUGCAAGGAAGUUCUGUACCUGGAUGUUGAUCCUGGACAGUCUGAAUUCACAGUUUCUACAUGUUUGUCAUUGGUUAAGGUCAUGAAACCUCUGCUGGGUCCUCCAUGGAGUCAUCAACUUGAUCCUCUUAUUGCGCAGCUUCUCACGUUUACCUUUCUACAGGUAAGUCCUGAUGCCGUAGCAAACUGCUUUCGAAAAGCUGGCUUCUGCCAUGGCGAAUCUACACAGGAGGAAACUGAUAUUGCUCCUCCAAUGGAGAGCGACGACGCCUGGGAGGAAAUCGCCUCUCAGUUGCAAGUGGGCUGUGAAUUCACACAGUUCGUGAAUAUUGACGAGGACGUUCCCACGUGCGAGCCGCUUCCCAAUCCUGCUAUGUGUGCAGAAGCUCACGGAGUUAUGGAGUUAGAAGAUGCUGCCAAUGAGGAGGAAAUGGAAGAACAACCAGCCAUACCCAAGUCACGGAAUGUUAUGGAAGCAGUGGAAACGAUCAAGCUGCACCUUUAUCAUGCAUGCCACGGAAAUGAAAAAAUGCUUAGAAAAAUCUCGGACAUAGAGAAAUUCUUUCUGAAGCGGGCGACUUCAAGUCGGCAAACAUCUACACUCUCUAAGAGAAAAGCUCACAGGCAGAAUGUUUGCAGGCGAGAAGCCCAGAAUAAGGUGGAAGCUGAGAGGCAGGCUCAUCUUCAGCAAGUGAUCAGUGCCAAGCAAAUGCAGACUCCUUUUCAGCAUGAUUCACACCAAGAGGUGAUCAUAUCUCCUGAAGAUGGUUGGGGAGGAGAGACACCUGCUCAUGCACUACGUACUGUAAGUGUCAAUGAAGACCCCCUUCUCCAACAAAUGGCCAUAAUCCAAGGCUACAUUGAUCAAGCACGAGAAGAUGCUAGAAAUGAUGAGCUGCGAACCUUGGAAGCUAACUAUAAGGAGCUCAUGAUUGAGUAUAAGAAACAGCAGUUGGCAAAUGCCCAAAAUCCCUUCUAUAAUUCAGAAGAGGAAGGAGAUUGA